AUGCAAUUAUCUGGCACAUGGUCUAUCCUUAAUGGGUUGAUCGCAACAUUAUGUCUGUCAAGGUUAGCGCUUGCGAUCGAACUAGACAUUAAUGAUAAAGAUUCAAUUAAAAAGGCCGCCAGUACGAGUACUUACUCGAUGAUGGGAUGGUAUGCCGGCAAUGAAACUGGACAAAUCCCUGGCUCUUUCCCAACCAAAUGGUGGGAAGGGUCUGCGUUAUUCCUCGCCCUGCUUCAAUACCAGCAAUUCACCGGUGACGAUCAGUACAACGAUGCGCUGAGCCAAGGCCUACAGUGGCAGUCCGGUGAUGAUGGAAAUUACAUGCCCACCAACUACAGUAGCUACCUGGGAAAUGACGAUCAGAUGUUCUGGGGCCUUGCGGCCAUGAUGGCCGCCGAAAUGAAAUUCCCCGAUGUCAAAGGCGGAUUCUCGUGGCUUUCGCUUGCCCAGGGAGUGUUCAACACCCAGACUGCUCGAUGGGACACAACGAAAUGUGGUGGUGGUCUUCGCUGGCAGCUGUUCCCUUACCAGAAUGGUUACUCCAUGAAAAACUCCAUCUCGAAUGGAGGUUUGUUCCAACUGGCGGCACGUCUUGCCCGAUACACCGACGACGAUAAAUACACAAAGUGGGCGGAGAAGAUUUGGGACUGGUCUACGUCUUCUGUGCUGGUCAACAACAAGACGUGGAACGUGGCAGACUCAACGAACAUGGAUAACAACUGCGCUGAUGCUGGUAAUUAUCAAUGGACAUACAACUACGGCACAUACAUGAUGGGCGCUGCCUACAUGUACAACUAUACCAGCGACGAAAAGUGGAAGACUCCUGUAGAUGGGCUCCUGAAGAAGUCAUUCAGCACCUUUUUCCCGCACGACAACGUCAUGGAGGAUAUCACUUGCGAGCCGAAGGGAAUUUGCAACUUCAACGAAAUUCUCUUUAAGGGUCUCGUUUCAUCUUGGCUUGCUUUCACCAGUAUCCUCGUACCGGACACAGCCGAUUUAAUCAGGCCCAAACUACAAGCCUCUGCUCAAGCUGCGGCGCAGGGCUGUACCGGAAAUAACAACCAGACUUGCGGUAUCAAAUGGUACACAAACAAAUGGGAUGGAACGACAGGAAUGGAGCAAGAGAUCAGUGCGACCAAUGUCUUCCUUGCAAACCUGGUGCAAUUUGGUGGCAUUGAUGGUCCCGUUACUGCCAACACCGGUGGAGACAGCAAGAGUGACCCCAACGCCGGCAGUGACGGUCAAAGCUCCGACAAGAACAAGGAGAAGCCCAUUACCAACGGUGACAAGGCUGGUGCUGGUAUUUUGACCACCAUCUUUGUUGUAGGCUGGGCCGGGUCCAUGGCUUGGUUGCUCACUGGCGCUUGA